AGCACAACGUCAGUUAACAGUUUGUCAGAGUGUCGGCUAUCAUUCCGGUCGUGUAUUGUUUUGUAUUUUGAAAAUACCAUUAAAAUAUUGAUAUGGGAAUUAAGAAAUUCUAAAGUCUAAAACCAAACUUCAUAUAUUUAAAGACAUCAUAUCCUUAAUUUACUUUUGUGUUGUGUAUCAAGUUUUUUUUAAUCGUGUUCCGGAAUAAGUGGUUAGGGUCGAAUUUUAUAGGGCUACAUCAACCGGGGUGGGCAUCAUGGACCAAAACAGUAUAACACCAAAUACAUCGAAUCAGCAGUUAGUAAUUAACGGAGACAAUGAAUCUGCAACUGCAUUGUUGAACGAGAAGCAGGGUAGAAAGCGCGAUAGUUUGAGAGAUGUCACCUUCAUCGAAUUCAUGACCGUCGGUAUAUUGUGUUAUGUUAACCUUAUCAACUACAUGGACAGGUUCACCCUCGCCGGUGUAUUAGGGGAUGUCAAAGAUGAAUUUAACAUUGGUGACGAUUACGCCGGUUUCCUUCAGACCGUGUUUGUGAUCGCUUACAUGGUUUUCGCGCCAAUAUUCGGUUAUCUCGGUGACAGAUAUUCCAGGCGGAGAAUCAUGGCAUUUGGUGUGGCCCUGUGGAGUCUCACAACAUUCGUGGGAUCGUAUAUACCUGAUUUCGCGUGGUUCGCGGUCUUCCGCGGCCUGGUUGGUAUCGGUGAGGCGUCAUACUCCACCAUCGCACCGACCAUCAUCAGUGACCUGUUCGUCGGUAACGUCCGAUCGAAAAUGCUUGCGCUUUUCUAUUUCGCGAUACCAGUCGGGAGCGGUUUUGGCUAUAUAGUCGGUUCAGCGGCUGGUGCCGCUAUGGGUAAUUGGCGUUACGGGUUGCGUGUGACCCCGUUCCUCGGAGCCCUGGCCGUGGUGCUGAUGCUGUGGGUCAUGGAAAACCCUGAGCGUGGUCAGGCGGAGGAGAGCCGAAUGAAACCGACUUCGUACCAGGAGGAUCUCAAGUCGCUCAUCAGGAAUCCGUCAUUCAUGUUGUCGACUUUGGCUUUCACGUGCGUCGCGUUUGUGACGGGGGCGCUCGCCUGGUGGGGCCCGGACUUCAUCAGGCUAGGGCUGACGCUGCAGACUGGACAGGAAGUCUCCAUAGAAGGGGUGUCGCUGGUAUUCGGAGCGCUGACCAUGGCGUCGGGGCUGGUGGGUGUGCCGCUGGGUGCCUGGCUGGGCGCGGCGUUGAUCGCUCGCUGGGGCCGCGCGCACGCCCUGCUGUGUGCCGCGGGGCUGCUGCUGUCCGCUCCCGCCAUGACGCUCGCCAUCUUCCUCACGGACAAGCACUACUACGCUCCGUUCGUGCUCAUGUUCUUUGCCGAGCUCACGCUCAAUCUCAACUGGGCUAUCGUUGCUGACAUGUCGCUGUAUGUGGUGAUACCACCAAGAAGAUCAACAGCGGAGGCUUUCCAGAUUUUGAUCUCACAUAUGUUUGGGGAUGCUGGCAGUCCCUAUUUGGUUGGAGUUAUAUCCGAGAACUUGAAGAGAUCGCUUUCACCUUUCGAAGAACCUAGCAACAGUGUCAAAUUUCGAUCGCUUCAGUACGCCUUGUUUAUUACAUGUUUCGUAGAGGUUAUUGGAGGAAUUUUCUUCCUACUGACGGCCAUUUACAUUGUGAGAGAUAAACUUAGAGUUGAACGAGAAAUCGCAGUUGCUUCAAAAAUUAUUUAGACUUGCUGUAUAUAGAAGCCGAGGCACAAAGUGCUGAACCAUCUCACAGCAACGCACAAGAAAAUCCCGGCGUUGAAUAAUAUUAACAUUAUUACUUUCCAGUCACAAUAGGUCUUUGGUUAUGGUGAAACGAGAAUUACAAUCAUAUUGUACCAAUUGUUCUUUCAAACAUUUAUAUUCAUAAUACAAUUGUGACCAUUUGAUUGAUAAUUUGAAGGUAAAGACUGAAUGUAGGGCAAAGCUUGUGGGUAUGCGAGUGAGAUAGUAUAAUUAAUUUAGGUCACGGCAUCACAGCACCUACUGGUUAGGGAUUUAGAUACGAUGUGCCUAACAGAUUCCCCUGAUAGAAAUGCAUUUUAAUAAUUACUUUUUUCAUAGCAUCCAUCUAAAUUUGUAUUCACAAAACAUCCGUUAUUUAAAAUCUUAAAGCAAUGGAAACUUUUCUACCGGCUAAUGCUUUUAAUUUAUUGCCUUUACUAUAGCAAAUAAAGUACAAUCAUAUACUUGCAACUCUUUGUGAAUACAAACAUGGAAUUUAAGGCUUUGAGCGGAACUUAUUUAGUUGAGCAGAUGUCAUCUCCUAUAUUUAUUCUGUUACAUUAUAUAAAAAUUACCUCAAGCACUUGUUACACAAGAAGUUUUUUUUUUUUUUUAAUUUAUUCUUUUACGAAACGUUUAUAAAUUUUGUAUAAUUUAUUUGAUCUUUAAUAUCAAUGCAAUUUUUGAAUGGAAAGUUACUUAAAUGAUUAUGUGGAAUUAUCUGUAACAGAUAUAUUCAUACAGUUUAAUAAAUAUACUUGCCUUAGAGUCCAUAUUAAAUCAUCAUUAGUUUAUUUAUUUGUAAAUCAUAGAGUAUUUAUGAGAUCAUACCUCUAGUAGAUGUCAAUUAUAAAUAAUAGAUAAGGUUUUAUAAUUUGCAAGUUAAACUGUAUAGAAUAUUAAUCAAGACUGAGUUGUUUGUUUAAAAAAAAAAAAUUAAAGCCUAAUAAUAAUAAUUGUUUGUAAAUAUCGUGUAAAGUAUGGAAUUGAAAAUAAAUAUCUAAUUUAUUUUUCAUAA